AAUAAACACAACUUGAUGUCCAUUUUACACAGAUCCUUUAAACCAGUAACACAGAAGUUACUGUACAUUUACAGAUCUCAUACAUUCCAUGUUUAUCUGUACUCUAUAGGCCGGGCCUCGGAAACGCUGAAGAUAGAGGCAACAGCCCAAAUAGGGAAUGUUGAUGUUCCAUGGCCCGGUAUUGACACUGACGGCUGCCAGGAGACUACCUGUCCCAUCUCAGCGGGAACCCACGUCACAUGGAGCACCUCCAUCUAUAUCGAACGGGAAUACCCUGCGAUCUCGACCGUUGCAACCUUUAAACUGCUGAACUCCGCGAGUGAACCUGAAGUCUGCUUCCUCAUUCCCAUCAUCUUGGUCUAGAACACCAGACACAUGAGUCUGCUUUUUUGUGUAGUUCUUAGCACUUCUUAAGACUGUAAUACUUCCUUUCUGUCACUGGAAGAAUAUGAGACCGGGUCUUGAGGAAGGAAAUACUCAGACCCUUCCAA